AUGUUUGUUUGGUGUAGAAGCAGUAUUUUGCUAGGAAAGUCAAUCGUGGGCAGCGGUCGAGUUACCAUUGCUGGAAUCAGUGGAAUCGGUAGAAAGAAAUUUAUGUCAUCCUCCUCUUUCUCGAAGAAUUCAGCACCCACGUUCACGUCAAAAGAGUUGGAAGUAGCACGAAAGGAAAGAUUGGAUGGGCUGGGGCCGUUCAUAUCUCGGUUGCCCAAGAAAUGGAUACCCUAUGCAGAGCUGAUGAGGCUAGAGAAACCUGUGGGCACGUGGUUGUUAUAUUUGCCUUGUACUUGGUCAAUAAUCAUGGGAGCUAUGAUGCAAGGUGCUACAUUGGGCGCAACAGCUGGAAUGUUGGGUAUUUUUGGUGUAGGUGCCCUGGUAAUGAGGGGUGCUGGCUGCACUAUCAACGACUAUUUAGAUAGAAAACUGGAUCAAAGGGUUAUCAGGUCUGUCGAGAGACCCAUUGCUUCCGGCAGAGUGAGCCCCCGUGGGGCGCUGGUAUUCUUGGGUACUCAAACUCUGGUCGGAAUGGGCGUCCUAUCGUUGCUUCCUGCCCAGUGCUGGUGGCUGGGCCUCGCAUCUUUGCCCAUAGUGUUCACAUACCCUUUGUUUAAGCGGUUUACGUACUAUCCUCAGGCUGCAUUGAGUGCAUGUUUCAAUUGGGGGGCACUGCUUGGAUUUCCAGCCAUGGGUAUAAUGAAUUGGCCUACAAUGAUACCCUUGUACUUGAGUAGUUACUUGUGGUGUAUGACUUACGAUACUAUAUAUGCCCACCAAGAUAAAAAGUUUGACAUCAAGGCCGGAAUCAAAUCUACUGCCUUGGCUUGGGGUCCACGUACAAAGUCCAUCAUGAAGGCUAUGUCAAUAUCUCAAAUCACAUUGCUAGCUGCCGCAGGCUUUAACAGUGGGUUGUUGUGGGGGCCUGGGUUCCUUGGUGGACUAGGACUCUUUGCCUACAGGUUGUUCGGCAUGAUAAAGAAAGUGGACCUUGACAAUCCCAAAAACUGCUGGAAGUAUUUCAAUGGGAACAUCAACACCGGACUCUACUUUACAUAUGCCUUAACGGUCGAUUACAUCUUAAGAUUGCUCGGGUUUCUGUAA